AUGCCGCAACCGCCGCGGCUGCACAAGCUGCUCUGCGUGUGCCACAUUGUCAGCCACUUCAAUGGCCAAAAGUGGAUCUGCCAGCUGCUGUGCCUCUACAACCUGCGCUACGACGAGGCCACGCAGCGCUUUGCCUUUGGCCAGCAGGUGCUCGUUUAUUGUGCCCACAUCUGGUGCCUGUGGAGCGGCGUUAUCCUGUUUGUGUACGAGAACCCGACCCAUGGCAUACUGGACAGAUACAAGAUCUGUGUGUAUGCCCUGCCCGGCAUCUAUUUUGGGCUGCUGAGGAGAUCUUUGCUGCAGACUCUCAAUGAUAUGUUGCACGUUCAUCGCGGGCUGCAGCGCACCAUGGGCUCGCUCUUUUGUGUGGCCGUUAAGAGAGCCUUCUGUUGGUCCUGCAUAAUAGCCGGGGAGCUGUUGGCCAUCAUCUAUUGGCAAGUGGCAUUGCAGGAGUACCCCCAGGGGCUUUUCCUGUUCAGCUUCCUGCUCUGCUGGUAUCUGCAGAUACUUUUGCAUGUCAAUAGCUACAUUUGGCUGCAGUCCAUCUAUGUGGUGAUGAAUCAGGCAUUUGUGGCGCCUCUAAACUGCACAGAAAUGCGGAUUAUGAUGAAAAGAAUACUGAGAAUUCAGCGUCGCUUAAGCAGGAUACAAAGGGAUGUGGCCCAUUGUUUUAGUGUGCAUGUCCUGUCGAUCAUGGUCCUCAUAUCGGGCCCAUUCGUUGUGUGUUUAACCACGUUUCAGCCUGCCUUUGAGGAGCAUCGGCAGAGGGUUGUGCUCCUGCACUUUGAGGUGCUGCAGCUGCGUUAUAUAGCACAUCUUUGUCUGCUAAUCUGCAGCCUGUUUUUGGCAAUAAAAGAUUUUAAAACCGAAAGAAAUCGUUUUCUCGAGAGCCUUUGGAAGAUGUCGCAGCCUGUCGACAGGAGAAUCCUGGACGUCAGACAGUCUACGAUGUCUCAAAGUCGCUACGAACAGCCACUGGAUGUGGUAGAUCUGAUGCUGCUAUCUGGAAAUCUACCCAGUGAUAUGCGCGCCACGAAACUGAUUUCACCUAAAGACACUUUUAUGCUGCGUUAG